CAAAAAUCACUUUUUUCGACGAUGGAUGUGGAAUUGUGGAAGUUGUAGCGUUGCUUUCGUUUCUGUUAUUCCCAUAGAACACAAUGAACUUUUUAUUAAAAUUAAAAUGGACAAACAAUCACGAUAAAUGAAAGUUAUACCUAAUUGUAAAAAUGGCUGUUUGUGGACUAAGAACGCUACUGUUAGUGGUGUGCAUUCUAGAAUUGAUAAUCACAAUUCAGAGGCAAGUGUUUGAUUUUCUGGGAUAUAUGUGGUUACCUAUCAUUGCAAACUUUGUUAACAUACUUCUUAUUAUAUUUGGCUCAUUUGGUGCAGUGCAAUAUAUUACAAAAUAUCUUGUAGCAUAUGCAAUGUGGAGUUUUGUGUGGCUGACUUGGAAUAUAUUUUUGAUAUGUUAUUACCUUAAUCUUGGCAUGCUCAAUCGGGAAAGUGGGCUGCUAUCCUUAGGGACGGGAAGUGUGAGUUGGUGGGAAGGGAAUGGUUGGGGAUGUCAGCCAGUGUGGGGAGAAGCGGACGGGCCAGGCACGUGGAGACCAGCUCGGGUGGACGGCUGCUUCCUCCAGUGGCAAUAUGUUGAGCUCGGCCAGUCUGCCGUAGCAGCACUUCUUACUGCCACAGUCUUGCCGCUUACUAUACUAUUGACUUACAAGUCAUUUAAGAAACAAAAGAUUGUUCCAGAUAAAAGCACACUAUCCCGGCGUCAAGUUUAUACCAUAGAACUAAGUCCCACCGAAACGAACGUAAGUGAGAGCACCUUAAAACCCAUGACUCCGCGGCGAGUCAAACGGCGCUCCGGCUCGCGCGGCGCCGGCUCCGUGCGACGGUCCCGGCGCUCGUACCGGAACGCGGGGUACCUCGCCUCCAACGCGUCACUGCCUCGGGACUCCAGGCCCGGCCAGUCCCGACCCACCUCAGCGCAUUCCUCCUACUCGAACUUCCACGCAGCUCGGCCUGCGUCGUACCAUCCCGAUCGCGAGACGUCACGUUCACAGGAAGUGUACGAACUGCCGCCGCCGCCGGUCGAUUCGAUACCCAUAAUAACGAACAGAUCGGACACUGUAAGGCGGAGUAUCGCGAGUCGUGACGUGGUCGGACCGUAUAAAGAACCCGCACGAUACGACCCGCCGAGGACAUUCGAGCCGUCGCCGUCGUACGACAACAUCGGACGCGGUUACGAGAGCGGUCCGAACUAUGAGAAUAGGGACGCGUUGAUGGGGUGCGAGUCGCCGGCGUACUCCGCGGGCUGCGGGUACAGCGACUGGGAGCCGCCGCCGGCCGCGCGUGCCACCCCGCAGGCGCCCGGCCCGCCUGCGUACCAGCCCGCUGCUGAUAAUUACAAUGUUAUCCCGUAGUGACUUAGGCUCAUAACACACCGAAAGAGCACAGCAAAUCAGGGCAGCAGCUAGCGGAAGUUUAAAAGUAUUUUUAACUUUAUAAUAAAAUACAUAGUAUUAUUAGUCCUUGACCAUUAAAUGUUGAGAGCAUUGGCGUUAACACUGCGAAUCACAUUACAGAACCUCGUUUAAUUUGUGCAAAAGUACGGAUUCUUGCAAAAUAUUAUAACGACAAAAUAACCUGAAGAUGAGUGGCAAAAAUUAAAAAGUCUAGAUUUUAAAUUCAAAUAAACCGCGUAGACUUGCACAGUACGUACAACAUAGGGGAAUGUAGUCAGCUUGCCAUUUUGUUGUGUUUUGAGCCUUAGUCAACAAUGACAAUUAAACAUCCCAUUUGGACUAGCUAUUAUUAUAAAGCUGUAAUGAAACCAUAUUCACAAGUUUCUGUUGUGAUGCUGUGGAUCAAUUUUAACUAAAGCUUGUUGUAAAAUGCCAAUCAAUACAGAAACCUGCAUCAAAUCAAAUAGAUGUUACAGUUAGGUUAAUUUAUUCUAUUCCUUUAUGUGCCUUAUCGAGUGAUGCUCAAAUUGCUCUAUGUUGAAAAUCGUCUUUGAUAUGUAAUUUUUUACCUAAUCGAUUGUUAAGUUUUACGCUUAGGUAGAAUAUAUUGCCUAUGUUAUAGGUAGUACUUAUAAUUGGAAUCUCUGAAGUUUCUGUUAUUGUAUAAAAUACAUUCCUUCUUGAGGGUUUAGAAUUAGCUUUAAUAGUUUUUGUUAUUUUUUUUUUCAUUUACCUACAUUCUGUGUACUAGUUGUAAGUUUAUUGUUAGUAAGUAGUUUAUCUACUAAUCGUUCUACUUAUAUUGUAAUUAACUGAUUAAGUACUGUUGUUGAUUAUUCAACAUAAAAAAUAUAAAAUUUGACUGCAGUAAAUUAAUCCGUCCAUAGUAUAUAAAAUUUAACCUAGCGUUAAAAAUUAGAAAUUAUUGUUGUACUAACUUUCGUAAUAUUUUGUAACUAUUUACAAAGCAAAAUCGUACAAAUUUUAGAUUAUCUUACACUAAGUAUUUGCACACAUUGCACUAAACAUUCCAUCUUAGUCUAAGAUCCGACAUUAGAAAUAUAUUCUCAUCUGUUAUUGAUUAGUGCUAUGAAAUAAAUGAUAUAUAAUGUUCACAGUAACACAUUGCAAAACACAUUUUUCAUACAAAAUCUAGGAAACCAUGAACUAGAUAUAAGGCAACUUAAUACAGUUAAGUAUAAAAUAAGCCUCCAUUUAAUAUGAUAUAGGACUAAAUAACAUAAAAAUAUAUAUAAAUAACAUAACUGUUUAUAUCUGGCAACCCCACAGUUGCAGUGUUAAAGCAGGCAACCUUUACUUUUUAAAUUCUUUUUGGUAUUAAAUAGUGUAUUAUUUUUUAAAUUAACCAAUUUAUAAAAAAACAAUAUUAAAAAACCCAAGGAGAAUAAAUAAAUAAAAAAAUAAAAAAUUUAAAUAUAAUGUAUAUAAUGUAUUUCUAUUUAAUCAUUUAAUACAACAGUAUUAAAUGAUUAAAUAGGCAACCUAUGUGUAAUGUGAACAUUUUUUAUCAUUUAUUUCUCAGUCCCAUUAAAUAAUAGAUGAGGGUAUAUAUUUCUUAUGCCGGAUCUUGUACUAUCUAUUUUACAACGAAAAUACAAGUAGAACUAUUUUAUAAGUCACAUUCUGAAUAUAAUUUUCUGCGGGCACGUUUUUUUAUGUACAAAUCAUCUCAGUGAAUAAACUGCCCCGCCCAUAUUUAUUAGGUAUCAAACAAAAUGAGCUUUAUUAGAUUAAGAUUAUUUUAGUUUUGGGAAAUUUUAUACCAAAUACACAAUCAACGAAAAUAA